AAUCAGAAAUUAAAGUCUGUAAUUUCUCGGUAUUCAGGAGUUACUCAGUUUUUCCAAGAUUUGAUGAAGUGUUUGAACACUCUGAGAAUUGAGCGUGAUCAUAGAGCACUUGAAAUAGUAAUGAAAAGACGUGUAUCAUUACAUGACUCUGAUACAUCAUUUGGACGGUAUAUGUCUUUUUUGACACCAUACUCCUUUGAAUUUGUAAAAGACCAACUAGAAAACGCCAGUAAAGUACAGAUUAUUCAACAAAUUGAUGAAAAAUCGUGUGUAUUGCGAUCUCAAGGCCGAUCUAUAAUAACUACUAUUGACUCUUGUCCCUGCGGCUUUGUUUCUGCUAUGAAACUGCCAUGCAAGCAUAUCUUUGCAGUGCGCACAUCCCAGUCUCUAUCUGAGUAUAAGGAAUUUCUCUGUGCUGAAAGGUGGACGCAAAAACAUUUUACGAGUCAUCAUCGGGCAUAUGUACCAACUGAUAUGAGUGAUUGUGAUGUGGAAAGUCAUAUUGAUGAUACGAUUCAAAUCUCUACAUUAGAACCAGCAAGAGCAGUGCUCUCUGAGCAGCAAAAAUACAGAAAAUCUUUCAAUAUAGGCCAACGCUUAUGCCAGUAGCUCUCUACUUUUGGUAUGCACGACUUCAUUGAAGGAAUAGAAGUCCUGCAAUCAAUAGCGCAUCUCUGGGAAAAAGGCAAAAAGGUUGUCGUUGGAGAAGCAGCAGACACUGGUGAGGAUGUAUCAAGCGACAGUGACGAUUCUGUUUCUGAUCAUAUUAAAAUCCCACCUCCCAUCCUGACAGAUAAAGACACAGUUGAUCUGUUACAGAAAGCACCUUAUUCUCGACAGCCAUUGUCUACCAUUCAAGAUAAUACUUUUGCGAUAAAAAUGCCGCCUGCAAUCAAGAAACGAGGUCGACCAAAAGGUGCUGGACUAACAGUGAUUGGCCUUCCUAAAAAGAAGGGAAAAGCUUCUUCCAAACCGAAGGCAUUUGUACUAAAAUCAGAAUGGGAGAAGACAAAAGUUAUGCUCAACUGGUUUGUCGAUGAAGAAGUCACUGAACGGGCAGUGAGAGGUGGGGACCUUAUUGAAGAACACGAAGUGGAAUGUUGCCCGAGAAAAUACCCAGAAAUACAGGUUGUCAGACACAUUGAUUUUACCAUCGCUUCAGAUGCUUGUGAGAAUGGUAAUGGGAAUUGCUUUCUUCACCCUGUUGUGAGAUUGGAUAUGAUACCAGUACAGUGUACUAAUGUCAUUACUUCCUGCAGCUUUACGACAGGACUGGCAGAUUAG